AUGGGAAUUCUUUUCUUCUUUAUUUUAUUAAUUAGUUUCGGCCUCAGUACGAGUAACCAAUGCUCGAUUGGAGGUGCUAGUGCAGAUUUUAAGAAUAUAUUUGACACAUCCAGGGGCGUCAUCUUUAGCAGAACUACAAAUAACUUACAGGGUAUCGAAAGUUAUGCAUUUAGUCAGCAAUUAAAUUAUGGACCUUACUUUAGUCUCACUCUGGUCGAUUCCCAUUUUACAAUUGAGACGACCGAUGCUUUUGAAUACUACGAAGAGAAUGAAACUUUGCUCUCGGUAGCAAUCACAGCUACAUUCAGUUGUUUGAAUGGCCCUAGUGAAUUUUUUAUGUUAAUAAUAACCAUAACAGAUACCAACAACAAUGCGCCACAGUUUCUACCAUCUGAUGAGUUCCAUUAUACUGUACCAACACCAUUUCCAGCAGGAUUAACAAUCACAGGGUGUUUUGAUGGCAUUACUGUAAGGGACAUUGAUCUCACAACUCAGAGGAUAGACUUCGAAAUAGAAGAAAAUCCUUAUUUUGAAAUUGUUUAUGAUGAAAAAUCUUCAACUACAAAAAGAGAAUUCGUAGGAAUUUUGCGAAGCACAACCUUUAUAAGAACUCUGUUAGAACCUAUCACUUUGAAAAUCACUGCUACGGAUGUCGACCUGACCGGCGAUCCCCCACUAACUGCAGUUGCUACAGUUACUUUUAAAGGUGAAACAACGUUCACCUUACCUGAAGAUCCUGUAUUCUCUCAUCCGUUUUAUUUUGCUAAUUACACAAUGGACCAUCAAGUUAUUCUUUUAGAACCGAUUUCUCUUCAAAGUGGCUUCCACAAACUUGUGAAUUUUACUUUACAUGGAGACUUCUCUGAUAAUUUUGAGUUGGUCGUAACUGGGGACCAAGUAACAAUUCAAAAUCGAAUUCCACUUGAAACAUAUAUUUUGCGAGAAACUCAAAUUAUCCUUGUAAUAAGGGCAGAUAGAGAAGAAACUACGGGUGACAGAGCUACUAUCAUCCUACAAUUACCCGAAGGAAUCUCACUGCAAUUCGAACAGCCUAAUUAUCGGGGAACAAUUAAAAACAACAUCCUACAAAUCGCUGUGCUAUCUCUGUUACAAGGCUACGAAGGAGAAGUUGUUAAUACUGAAGUUCUUGGCGAACACUCGCAAUUCUUUACUACAAGAUUUUGGCUGAAAAUUAGUAAAUAUGAAAAUCAGGUUUUGUAA